CUCGGCAGCGGAGCCGGGCGGAGGGGGCGAGCGCGGGGUGUGCGGGCGGGAAGCGAGGGGGCGGGCGGGCCAGCCAGUGCGGAGCGCGGAGAGAAAAAGGCGCGAGCGGCCCAGAGGGCACGGACCGAACACCUUGCUGCCGCCGCCGCCGAGCCGCCCUGUGUUUACUGAUCUAGCUCCAGGGCCAUCGCCAUGUCAAGCAGGGGCGGGAAGAAGAAGUCCACCAAAACCUCCAGGUCUGCCAAGGCAGGAGUCAUCUUCCCUGUGGGGCGGAUGCUGCGGUACAUCAAGAAAGGCCACCCCAAGUACAGGAUUGGAGUGGGGGCGCCCGUGUACAUGGCUGCUGUCCUGGAGUACCUGACAGCGGAGAUUUUGGAGCUGGCUGGCAAUGCGGCCAGGGACAACAAGAAGGGACGGGUCACACCUCGGCACAUCCUGCUAGCCGUGGCCAAUGAUGAGGAGCUAAAUCAGCUACUAAAAGGAGUCACCAUAGCCAGUGGUGGGGUGUUACCAAACAUCCACCCAGAGUUGCUAGCAAAAAAACGAGGAUCCAAAGGGAAGUUGGAAGCCAUCAUCACGCCACCCCCAGCCAAAAAGGCCAAGUCUCCAUCCCAGAAGAAGCCAGUGUCAAAGAAAGCUGGAGGCAAGAAGGGGGCCCGGAAAUCCAAGAAGAAGCAGGGAGAAGUCAGCAAGGCAGCCAGUGCCGACAGCACGACCGAAGGCACGCCCGCUGAUGGCUUCACAGUUCUCUCCACCAAGAGCCUCUUCCUCGGCCAGAAGCUGAACCUUAUUCACAGUGAAAUCAGUAAUUUAGCCGGCUUUGAGGUGGAGGCCAUAAUCAAUCCUACCAAUGCUGACAUUGACCUUAAAGAUGACCUAGGAAACACGCUGGAGAAGAAAGGAGGCAAGGAGUUUGUGGAAGCUGUCCUGGAGCUCCGGAAAAAGAAUGGGCCCUUGGAAGUGGCUGGAGCUGCUGUCAGUGCAGGACAUGGCCUGCCCGCCAAGUUUGUGAUCCACUGUAACAGCCCGGUCUGGGGUGCAGACAAAUGUGAGGAGCUGCUGGAAAAGACAGUGAAAAACUGCUUGGCCCUGGCAGAUGAUAAGAAGCUGAAGUCCAUCGCGUUUCCAUCCAUCGGCAGUGGCAGCAACCCCAGAGAUGCAUGCUGGUAUUCAUUCCACUCAAGGGGAAGGAAAUGGAAGGAACGGUUUUCCAAAGCAGACAGCAGCUCAGCUGAUUCUGAAGGCCAUCUCCAAUUACUUCGUGUCAACAAUGUCCUCUUCCAUCAAAACAGUGUAUUUCGUGCUUUUUGACAGCGAGAGUAUAGGCAUCUACGUGCAGGAAAUGGCCAAGCUGGAUGCCAACUAGUCUGAGGAACUACGAACCGCACCGUGCCCCCUGCCUCCAAUUUGAAAGAAAGAAAAAAAACAAACAAAAAAAACCCCUUCACUCCUACUGGGAGGCGGGAACCCUUUCGUUUUCAAUUUUGCUCAUCUAGGGAAAAUAAGGUUUUGGUUUCCAGUUUAAUUGUUUCGACCUAAAAUGUUUUCACGUUAGCACUGAUAGUUGGCAUUACUGUUGUUAAGCACUGUGUUCCAGACUGUGUCUGACUUGAGUGUGACCUAGGAGAUUUUAUUGUUUUAUUUUAAUGAAGCCCUGCUUGCCGCAGAGCAGCCGGGAGAGCAGCGUCCACCUCGGGUGGCAGAACCCAGGAAGCCCGCUUUGUAACCGUGUGUCGUGGUGCUUUAUUGUACACCCAGUGGCGUUCUUUUUACUAUAAUGUUCCUUUUUUCCUCAAGAAGAAAAAUCAUGAAUAUACCGCAGACUUAAUUUUUGUUUACUUUUUUGUCUUAAUGAUAGAUUUGAAAAUGGAAGAUUUAAAAGGCAGAACAGAAUCUGUUGCCCUUAAUUAUAUUUGGAAUUUGUGUGAAUUGAUUUAGUAAAAUGUUAAACUGUC